AUGCCGUUAUGUAACCAUUGCCUUUUGGCUCUCGCCACCACCGACGUGGAUCUUCCCGCACCCGAAGGCGCAAUGCUGCCCAAUGAGCUCUUCCUCAUUGUUCUGAGGCAUGUCAGGACCUCAGAACUCCAUUCUGCCGCCCUCGCAUCCCGCAACCUGUGCCAGCUGGCACGCACCUUCCUGUUCUCCGACUUCCACUUCUGGCCGUACACGCUAAAGGACAACACUCUGACGCUCCCUGCCGACGACGCCGUACUUGGUAUGACCAAGAAACUGGCCUUCUUCUCUGGACCUGCGAUCGCGCCAUUGGUGCAAUUGCUCCAUUUGAGCAUGUCCGAAAUGCGCACGAACUACACCCGACUCGCAGUGCUUGGCGGAGAAUUCGAUACAUCGAUCACCACGCACGCGCUCCGCGACCUUUUCUUUGCCCAUCUGCACAAAUUUACCUUGGUCAAGUUCGUUCGCGCAGACAAGAUCAUUUUCACGGUUCCGGCGCUUAUGGCGCUGGCCCGGAUGGCGAACCCUUUGGAUCUAGAGCUAUGGGAGUGCUCUCUAGGUGUUACCAGUAGCAUUGCGUCCACACUCCCCAGGCUCUCUGUCACUCGCCUCGACCUCUCGAGGGGACACGAUGUCGAUCUAUGGCUGGCAUUACUUGACGCCAAGCAGCUCCUGGAAUUUGAGGCGUUCAGCAUGCGCGACUUCCCCCAUUCCUCCCUCGGGCUUGAACCGUCCACUACGUUCCCCAACGUCUGGAGCUUGUCAAUAUUCAUUUACUGGAUCAAUAUCUCCCGAGGCCUCCACAUCUUCCGUGCAAUGUUCCCCGGCGUUACCACGCUGGAGAUCCAAGAGGGAGAUAGCCACCCUGGUGACUAUGAAGUGGACAUCCAUCCCGUGUUUCCACACCUCAAAACAUACUAUGGUCCGUCCACUGCGCUCCCGCUGUUUAUCGGAGGAACAAUGUUGCGUGAGCUGAAGCUCAAUUCCUGCGAUAUCUUCGACCUACGCCAGGCACUCCAAAGGUUGAACGUCCACUUCCCCCAAACGGUAACACGGUUCGAAGUCUGCAUUGUCGAGCCCCCAAUUCAAGAUCUUGCGGCCAUCUUCCCUUAUUUUCCAUCGCUAGAAACACUAGACUUGGAGCUUACCUUCUUUAUGAUCGACGACCCAGUCGUAGAAGAGGUUCUCCGGUUCUUCGCCACACUGUCGCCGCGCCUUCCCCGGACGCUGCGUAAGCUGUGCAUCCAGUGCGAUGACUCCGACGAGCCCGCCACAAUCAACUUUGACAUCCCCGCCCCACGCGUCAUUCAAUCGCAAAUCCUAGCCCGUUGUCCUGAUGUCGUCGAGGUACAACUUACGGCGCCAUACUUCGCCCUCGGCUGGGAUGCGACGCGUGGGUUCAGGAUGGAGAGGACGGGAUUCUGGGCUGAGGAGUGA